AGAUAGGCUACAUUCAGGACCCAGACUCCCUCAAGCACAGAGAGCGGACUAAUGCAGCAAAACUCACUAAACUCACAUAAGAAAUGAGGAUCCGCCUAGCACUGAGGAAAAACAUUUUCAGAAUUUUCUAGAGAAUCUUCCUCAAUUUUUACAAAGCUUAAAUCAAGCAGGAAUUCAAAACAUCUUCCUCAAAUUGGAAAAAAGAACACAAAGAGGUGUAUGCUGUGUUAGGAAAAGAGGUUGGACUUCACGCCAUCUGUUGUACCUCCAGAUGUGGGUUCACACAACCUCUAGACAAACUUCAGCUGAGCAGAUUCUCAGUGGAACUGAGGGGGAUUUAUGAAACAAGCAUCUGUUGAUCUGAGUCACCAAUCAGGAUGAGCUUAAACAGCACACUGGAGAAGGGGGCUCAUCACCAGGUCCUCGAUCUCUCGGAGGAGCUUCCAAACAACAGCCACCACCACCACUCAACCCUCCAGAACACACACUCCCACUCGUCCAAUGCGCCAGCUGGAACCCCAGUCAGCGGCUCUGGGGUGGUUGUGCCUCCACCUUACUCUGCAGCAGAGGCCAGAGGAGGCAAUGCUCCACUUGAGCUGCGAGGCUCUCUUGACUGCUGGGCAUGUUCGGUGUUAGUGACAGCACAGAACCUGGUGAUCACGGCCAUCAAUGCCUGCCUGGCUGGGUUGGUUUUUGGGCUGAUCCUUACGCCUGCUAUUGUCAUGGUGGUGUUCGGCUUUCUCUGCCAUUCAACGGUGCGCCCACAUGGUACAACCUCGUACUGCUCAGACCUGCUUACCGAUGGUGGUUGUGUGGCGUUGCUGGUUGUUGGUUUCUUGCUGGUGACUCCACUCCUGGUUCUGGCUUUGGCUGCGUACUGCCGGCUUGCACAUCACCUUCAGCUGGGUCUGUGUUUUAUCCCUUACAGCCGUGCCGUCUACAAGAACCUUCCUGCUACCCAGCACCGUGCUCUAGGAGGGGGUUGCUGUGGACAGAGAGCUGGGAAAGGAGGGGGAAAGGUGUGGGUGUAGAAUGAGAUUACAUUCUGAUCUACUGAUACUGAUUAAUGCAGUAUUAGAAAGAAAUAUUAAUGUGUAAUAUUAUACUAUAUAAUGCAGACCUAAAUAUGGCCACAUAAGCUGCAGAAAUAUUUUUACACAUAUAGAGAGAAGGGGAUUUUUGUUCAAUUAGUAAUGUUGUUCUUACUCAACACACUUAAAAUGAUCAACCUUAUGUAUAAUAAACAGCACAAUUUAUGACAUCAAAUACAUACUUAUCAAGCUGUCUUACAAACUGUGUAUAACAAUUUUAGACAAAUUUAUAUGUAAUUUUUCUAAAUACGUGUAUUACAUUAAAUAAAGAGUUGUAGGUACUAGGUGUCAUUAAGUCCCUUACCUUUCGGCACGCCCAAUCAUGAAGUAAGGGAUGUGCAACGCUCUCUGUAGUAGACUGUAGACAGUCGCGGCCCCUCACUGGCCGAGAGUCUACAGUGUCUAGAGUUGCCGUAGACUCUAGGCCAGUGGUCACCAACCCUGUUCCUGGAGAUCGACCGUCCUGCAGACUGCAGCUCCAACCCUGCUUCAGCACACCUGUCUAUAAUUAUCAAGCAAACUUGAACACCUUGAUUAGAUGUUCAGGUGUGUUUUAUUGGGAUUAGAGCUUAAAUCUUCAGGAUGGUCGAU